AUGGCGGUGUGCAGGAAUUUGUUCGUUUUAUGUGUGAUCAACUGUUACCUGCUCAUGGCGGCAUCUGAAUUUGUUGGUUCGUCUCGGAUGCAAUUUGUAGACAACAAACAAUUCCAUGAGGUAGUACUUUCGCAGCUAAUGGAGAAAAUAGAAAGUCAAGAAGUGAGGUUAAAACAGCUGGAGAUGGCGUUAUUAAACCAUGAAGAUAAAGCAGAGGCAAAGGAGCGGCGUAUCUCACAGCUUGAAACGAGUGUGUCAGAUCAUGAGACAGCUCUACUGGAGAAAGAUCAACAUUUAAUGGAACUUAAAACGAGGAUGAAAAUCUACGAGGAGAAUCUGGUGGAAAAAGAUCAGCGAAUCACUGAACUGAGGUCGAGGAUGGCAUUUUUUGAAGAGAGUUUGAGGGGAAAAGAUCAACAUAAAGUCGAAAGGGAAAAUAAUGUAUCCCGUCAGAAAGAUUCCGUCAGUUCUUUUGAAGAUGAAAAUACCAACAUUGAAAUAACUUAUCUGUCAACAGAGGAUCCACGUGAAUAUGAUCAGCAGGAGAAGAAAAUGAUAGAGCAUGAACCUUCUAUCAGGGUGAGUCCGAUAGUGACACAGGGGGUUGCUUUCUGUGUUUCCUUGAGUAAAGGGGCUACUCUACAUGUGAACGAAGUAAUCGUAUAUUCUACGGUCAUGACCGACAUCGGGAGAGGAUACAACCAGCAUGAUGGUAUCUACAUUGUACCCAAGAGCGGGGUGUAUGUGUUCACCUGGACCACGGUUUCCUCUUUACACAGCAACAUCGGCACUUCACUAAUUAUAAAUGGUUCCGUUGAAGGGCUUCUUGGUUCUUUCGGAGGCAACAUCAAUAAUUACCAAUCAGCCACGGGUGUCAUAGUCAAGGCAGUGACAGCUGGAGAUCACGUGUAUAUAAAGAACAAUAUGAAUGGAGCCAUUGUGUCGGACGGUUUGAUUGCCUGA